AUCGUGUUCAGUAGCUCAUCUCGAGAUCAGUUGGAAAACGAAAUACCCCAGAAACCCAAGAUGUCGCGUUCAUUUUUGAUGGAUUCCCUACUCAGCGAUAGGCCCAAUUUGAGCCAGAAGAAGGAGAAACUGGGAUCGCCAGGAGGAAGUCCUACAGCCGCUGCUGCAGUGGCCGCAGCUGCCAUGUUACCAUCGAUACCCAUGCUUCCUUACCCGGCCAGCUAUGUGGGCAGCUAUCUCUUCUCCUUGGGCAUCCAGCAGCAGCAGCAACAACAGCAGCAGCAGCAACAGCACGCAGCAGCUGCAGCAGCGGCCGCAGCAGCAGCAGCUGCCUUGCAGCAACAUCCACAUGUCAGUUCGAGUCCCGGUUCCCUUUACCAUCCAUACGCCCAGCUGUUCGCCAGCAAGAGGAAGUCCAGUGGAUUCAGCAACUACGAAGGAUGUUAUCCAUCGCCACCGCUCUCGGCCAAUCCCAACUCCCAGCAAUUGCCGCCAAUACACAACCUCUACGGAUCUCCAGUUGUGGGCGGAUUACCCUUACCGGAACCUGGAAGCUUCUGCACAUCACCGUCCGCUUCAUCGUCCGCCUCUUUGGAUUAUACCAAUAACUUUGAUGAACCUCAAGGAAAGCGUUUCAAGCACGAGUCCUCCUGCUCUCCGAAUAGCUCACCACUGAAGAACCACUCUUCGGGAGGUCCCGUCGAGAUCACGCCGCUGAUCAACGAUUAUGCCGAUUCCAGCAAAAGGAUCCGCACUGCCUUCACCAGCACCCAGUUGCUGGAGCUCGAGCGAGAAUUCUCGCACAACGCCUACCUAUCCCGCCUACGUCGCAUCGAAAUCGCCAAUAGAUUGCGCCUUUCCGAGAAGCAGGUGAAGAUCUGGUUCCAGAAUCGCCGAGUCAAGCAGAAAAAGGGCGGCUCCGAAAGUCCCACCUUCAAUCUGUCCACCAACUCCAAUGGAAGUCCGCAAGCAUCUCCAGUGUCUCCCCAAGUCAAAGUCCACGAAUUGAAGGUUGAGGCGUAGAAUCAAUCACCUAUUAAACCAUAAGAAUAAUGUAAUUGUACAGUAGAUUUUAGUCUGUUUUCAGUCAUAAGUAUGUUAAAGUAAAUAAAUUUUAAUCAAAAUG